CGUCCACGCGAUCGCAGGUGAUCUUUGGUUAGAUGUAAACAUCAACAGCUGUGUGCCUGCGUGCUUGUUGUGCUGAGCCGCAAUAUAGUAGAUUUCUAAUAUAUUUCUACGUGGAUUUUAUAUUUUCUUUGACGAUGAAUAUAUUCAGAUUAAUGGAAAUUAGUGCAGCACAAGCCACCAGGUACACUGUGGAAGCAACUGUUGCUAGUGGUCUAGAAUCAGUACCAGCAAGUGAAUUCAAGAACGUUUUUCUCGCAGAACAUUGUACUUCUCGAGGAAGAGUAUUUGCUAACGUCUUAUCGAGUCAAAUUCCAGAGGUACUUCAGAUGCGAUCGGUGGACAAUCUUUCAUUAGUUGCGGAAGUAACGAAGGACAUAACUUUCAGCACGGCUGAUAAGGAACAAGAUCUCAAGAAAUUGGAGAAGCUAGCUUAUGCAAUCCACUGGGACAAGACACUUUUGCUGUGGAAGAAAAGUACAGAUUUUCAUGGAAUUCUGUAUCCUACAAGAGACCAGUAUGUUUCUUCUUUGGCUGUAGAAAAAGAAUUAAAAAUUAAACUGAAAUCUUCACUACAAGAGAGUGUUUCUGAAAUUGAUAAUGAUCAGAAUAUGGAAAAAGAACAUGAAGUACAAGAAGAAAGUCAGUCUCUGAAUAAUAACAUUUGCAGAGAGAAGAAAGCAGCUAAUAUUUUACUAUACAAUCAGCUGGAUUCUAGAAAAUUGUCUGAGAAAGUCCUGAAGUUCAGAGUCACUUGCUACCAUACUGGCAGCCAUGCGUUUGGAUCCCAGGAGGCUGCCACUGCCUUUGGAGGGACUCUACAGGAUAUUUUUAAUUGGGUUGUAGACUUGACAUACUAUGACCUGGAAAUUGUUCUGAACAUAAAAGAGGAUUUUGUUUACGUAACUGUUCCUCUGACAAAGGAGUCUUUGCACAGAAGAAGCAUAACCUAUUUUGGACCAACAACACUUCGUUCGACAAUAUGCUAUGGCAUGUUGUCAAUAGCAUCUCCAGAAGUUGGAGACAUAAUUAUUGACCCAUUAUGUGGUGGAGGCUCCAUACCAAUUGAGGGUGCACUUUCUUUUCCUGGAUCAUUGUUCCUUUCUGGAGACAUACACCCAAAAGCUAUUGAACGAACCAAAUUAAAUAUCAAUGAGUUGACGGCAAAACAAUUGUCAAACAUAGAUGUUUUCAAUUGGGAUGCUCAAAAAUUACCCUUGAAAGACUCAUGUAUAGACCUUUGUGUAACAGAUUUGCCCUUUGGAAAAAGAAUGGGAUCAAAGAAGAAUAACAGCACACUUUAUGUAAGACUGCUGUUUGAACUAGCAAGAGUCAUGAAGACAUCUGGAAGAGCUGUGUUUUUAACAUAUGACAAGGGAAAUUUUGUAAGAGCUGUAUCAACAACGCAUGGGCUUUUUAAGAUGAUAAGAAUACUGACAGUUAAUAUUGGUGGACUGGCAGCUCGUCUUUAUGUAAUUCAAAGAACAGCAAAGGAGUACCAGGAGUCUCUGCCACUGGAAGUCAAGAAAAGGCGAAAGAAGAAAAAUAAACUGGAAAAGUGAUUUGUGCCUUAAUGUUGGCGCUCAAGGACCAAAGACGCUCACUGUGACUGGCCAGCGUUACUGCGAUAUGCUUCGCCAGCAUGUCAUACCUGCCCUACAGGAGAGAGACACAUUGAACUCAACAGUUUUCAUGCAAGAUGGGGCCUCACUGCACGUUGCUAAUGAAGUUCACCUGCUUUUCCAAAACAGAUAUGGAAAGGAUUGAAUUAUCAGCUGAUCAUUUGCAAAUGCUUGGCUGGCACGAUCAUUUGAUCUCACUCCCUGUGAUUUCUGGUUGUGGAGCUAUCUGAAGGACAGGGUUUACCAGGUGAACAUUCACACAUGUGCUGAUCUGAAGUGCAGCGUAUCAGGAGAGGAAGCCAGCAUAUCUAUGGACAUGCUUAGUUUUUCUGUGCUGAAUUAAAUUCUGCGCUUUCAACUCUUCUGGACCUUUUGUAACAGUAAUGCUACUGGUAUGUAAUGGUACUAUACACUGUAGCAGCACAUUAAAAGUGUUUCAAUUGAAUUGAUUUUGCAUUAUUUUUCUUCCCUUGUCCUUGACAUUAAUGCUACCAAGUUUGGUACUCAUACGGUAAUUAGUUUCUAUGUUAUAAAGUGUUAAAUAGGGAAGGUUUAAUUGUAACCACCUGGUAUAUAUAUAAAAAUUGAAGCCACCUCCUAGCUUCCGUGUUUGCAGGCUAAAUCUCAGGAGCUGCUGCAGAGAAUUUGAUUCUUUUUACAGUAAUAGAUACUCUGACAUAUGAGAAAGGUUUUUGUAUAUAAUUUAUAAACAUUUCAUGUAACGUGGCUGAAUUACAAUGAAUUAAAAUUAAGUUGUGAAAAUGAUGCCACUGUCACCUACUGAAUGGCUGCAGUAACUCGAGAGAGCAGCAGUAUCUUGAGUUAGGAGAAAGUGUGACAGGUGUGCUGGUCUAGUGGUAUAGUAUUUGACUAAAAACUGAAAGGUUGUGCGAUCGAAUCCUACUGGGUCAAUUUCUUUCACUCUGGCUUUUAACCUAGCAUUCACCUGUCAAUGAAGUGGGGAUUCGCCAGAAAUGAAAUGUGGCUUAUACUCCACAGUGCACUAUAGCCACCCUUUCCAUGGUUAGAUAAAUGGUUAGGGACAUGCCAGUUGCCUAAGUGACACUCAAUUGAUUAGUCAUUAAAGAGCAACUGCAUAGCGAAAAACGUGAAUGUUGAAAACUUGAAGUUCUGAAUUAUUUAUGAUUAGAGUAAAAUGCAGCAUGGGAUGUAAAUAGUAUUGUAAGUAUUGUAGUAAACAAAAAUAAUUUAAAAUAAAAAUAAUUUGUAGCCCUACAGUAUUUUCGUCAAAUUUGUAAUUAUUCACUGUAUGAAUCCAACUAAUUAUAAAAUUUUAAAUGACAUAUGUUUGAUGAUUUCAAUAUGUUGUGUACAGUAUAUGUACUGGAAAAGAGAUUUAUGUGGGCACACAAAUAAAUAUGACAAAUAAGAAAAA